AUGCAUUUCUCACAAAAAAACACUGCAGCUACCAAGAAAUCUUCAAAAAUAAUAAUAUUCACUUUGGCCGUCUUUUUCAUCAUCUUUUUUUCUCAUGUUGAACAAGUUUCAGCCCACGGUCAUAUGUUUCAACCACCAAUUAGAAUCAAGCCAGGUGACGAAAAUCAAGGGCUCACAAUAACCAACGGUCCAACAAAAGAAGAACCAUGCGCGGGUAAUCCAGCUGGACCCGUAAAAUCCAAAUUUAAAUCUGGGGAAACCAUCCCAAUACAAUGGAAAAUCACUGCAGCUCAUCGUGGCACAUGCACUGUCCAACUUUCCGUAACCGGACAAGAUACCGAUUUCAAGGAUUUAAAGAAGUUUGAUAAUUGUGCUGAUGCAACUGGUGAUUUCUCUGACACAGUUGCCUUACCAAAAGGUGUAUCGUGUGACAAGUGUACAUUGCGUUGGAAAUGGGACGCUGAGCUUACCAAGGAAUUGUACUUGAAUUGCGCUGAUAUUAGUAUUGGUAAAGGUAGUAAUAAAGUGAAACGUAAUGACGUACCUAAACUUCACAAUAAAAAAAGAGUUGUUAGAAAUUAG